AUGCGGCUCGACUUUACGGACACCAGCGACAUUAUAAUCAACUACACGGCGCCAAAAGAUGCACCUGCUAAAGGGGUGUGGUCACAUGGACCUCUCGUAGUGCUUGGACAGACGUACCACCCAGAGACGAACACAUUUUCCUUGACCCAAAGUAUUCUGCCGACUGCCGAGGAGCUGGUUCAGUUGACCAAGCUGUUGCAUCUUGAACCUCCUUCCCAAAGCAAAGGUCGUCUUGCGAUCACGAAUGGUGAUGCUCGGCACAAAAAUUGA